AUGGCCAAGGCAACCUGGCAAGAGAAAGCCGCCGCUAAGCGAGCGGAAGCGGCUGCGAAGAUCCCAGUUGAAUGGCGAUUACCGGCCGAGUUUUUGGCACAAGACGAGGCGGGCGAUGCCAACGUUUUAGAUAUACCUCAUAAGUGUGGUAUUCUCACCCCAUCGGAACUCAAGAUCACUGAAAUCCAAGAUGCAACAACUCUACGAGAAAAACUUGCAGCGCAAGAGCUGAGCGCCCUUGAGGUUGCCACAGCAUUUUGCAAGCGUGCCGCGAUUGCUCAGCAGGUCACUUCCUGCCUUACUGAAACAAUGUUUCCCCAAGCCCUUUCACGCGCGAAAGAACUUGAUGAGCAUAUCAAAGCGACUGGCAAGCCAUAUGGGCCUCUGCAUGGGGUACCCAUCAGUAUCAAGGACUCGCUGAACCUUAAAGGGGUUCAUUCAACGUUGGGAAUAGUGUCGUUCUUGGACGACCCGCCUGCCAGCCAGAACUCGCCCCUGGUUGAUGUUCUUCUUGCUGCAGGGGCUGUACUAUACGUCAAGACCAAUGUUCCACAGACUAUGAUGACGGCAGAUUCUCAUAACAAUGUGUUUGGACGAGUGCUCAACCCCUAUCGUGCAAGUCUCACGGCAGGUGGAAGCAGUGGCGGUGAAGGUGCUCUUGUCGCCAUGCGAGGCUCCAUACUGGGAAUUGGAACCGAUAUUGCAGGUUCCAUUCGGAUUCCUGCUCUCUGUUGUGGCACUGUCGGAUUUAAGCCCAGUGUGGGUCGUGUGCCCCCGACUGGGAAAAGCGCUGGUCGUCCUGGAAUGACGGGUAUCGCUGCCGUUGCGGGUCCUUUAUGUCACUCAGUCAGGGACGCCGAGAUGCUCCUUCGCGUUGUGUUUGAUGCUUCCAUUGAUGAUAUGGAUGACUCUGCACUUGCGUAUCCCUGGUUUGAACCUGCGAAAGGAACGGGAGAGUCUUUGACGAUUGGCAUCCUGCCUGAAGAUCCUCAACAACCUUUGCAUCCAAGCAUGCAACGCACUUUGGCGAUUGCUAUCGAAAAGUUGAAUGCUGCAGGGCAUCAAGUUGUGGAUCUUUCCGGUCAAGUACCUUUCAUUGCAGCCGCUUCGGACUUGGCUUUCGAUUUCUUCAGGGUUGACCCCGACCAAACUGUACUAAAACGUCUGAGCGAUAGUGGCGAGCCUGCCAUUCCAUCUCUUCGUUUCACUUACGACUUAGAAGGAAAGGGGCCCGAAACAACACUGCGUGAUUUCUUCAACCUCAAUGCAAAAAAGGCCAAAAUAUCAAGCCAGAUGCGAGGUGUUUACCUUGAUAAUAAGCUCGAUUUGAUAAUUGCACCUGGCUUCCAGACUACGGCUGUCCCUCACGACACAUAUGGAGUUCCAAUGUAUACUGUUCUCGCCAACUUGGUAGAUGUAUGA